AUAUAACUGCUCAUGAGCUCAUACUGAAGCAAAGCAAGCAUUUGGUGUGGCUUUGGAGCUUUGCAGAGAAGCUCAACUGAUCAGCUGAAUCUUUCAAAGCAUCUCCAUUUUGGUCAUCCUCUUGUUUAUAGAUUGAGUUAGGAGCAUGAACCCCUGCUUGAGACAUAAAAGGUCUCUCAGUUUCUUGCUUUGAAUUAUGAAGCGUUUCAGCUCUACGGAUUCUUUGGAUGCCCUCAUCUCCAUCUGUCGUUCUAAAGCUGCAGAGAAAAACAGUCCUAAGAGCAAGCAAUUUUACAGUAGUGAGUUUCAGAAAAUGAUGGAUAGUUUAGAAGAAGAAGACUACAAAGAGGAAGCGAGCCAAGUUACAGAAAAGAAACGAAGAUUAACUUCGGAUCAAGUUAGGGCCUUGGAGAAGAAUUUUGAGGUUGAAAACAAGCUAGAGCCAGACAAAAAGGUCAAAUUAGCUGAGGAAUUAGGCCUGCAACCGCGACAGAUUGCCGUCUGGUUUCAAAACCGCCGUGCUCGUUUGAAAACUAAGGAAUUGGAGAGAGAAUAUUGUCUUCUCAAAGCCAAUUAUGAUUCUUUGAAGAUUGAUUAUAACAAUCUUGAACGGGAAAACGAAUCAUUAGCAACUAAGGUAAGAGAGUUAAAGGCCAAGCUUUGCAAAGAAAAUGAGGAGAGCAGUGACGUUGUUAAAGAAGAUGCCCCUGUUUCAGAACAGAGUAAAAACAAUGAAUUAUGUGACAAUGUUAAUGCCCAGCUACUAAUAUCUCCAGCUUCUUCAUCCUCUCUUCAAUUCACUGGCUCUUCUUCAUCUUCGCAUUCCUCUAUGAAUUGGGUUCAGUUAUCUGACUCCAGAAAAAUGGCGGACAAUGUCUUUCAACAGCCUUAUUUUGUGAAAAUAGAAGAGCAGAGCUUGUUUAAUUCAGAUGAUUCCUGCAAUUUCUUCUCAGUGGAUCAACCUCCUUCUCUGCAGUGGUACUUCACUGGGCAGUAAAACCAGUGAAGAUGCAAAGUUUAAGUCUUUGAAGAAAAAUAAAACAGUUUCAAAUUUUGUAAUCUGGGCUUUCUAGUUCAUCAGUAAAGUGUAUAAAUCCUUAUAAACCAACAUGAAAUAAGUUGGUAACUUCCAUAA